AUGACUAUGAUGAGUCCUCAGCAGAUGCAGCAGCUUCUGUCCCCGGGUCAGCUCCAGGCUCUGCUCCAGCAACAGCAGCACGCUAUCCUGCUCCAGCAGCUCUCUAGGCAGCAGCUAGUGUUCCAGCAGAUCCUCCAGCAGGAGCUGUUCAAAGUGCAAAGACCAGGCGUGGCCUCCCACACCUUGUUUCCAGCUGGCUUGAGUACUAUUGAGCUCCAGCAGAUAUGGAAGGAGCUAACCAACAGCACAAUCGAAGAUAAAAGCACAAAGGAUAGCUGUCCAGACCGUAUCAUCACUCUGUCCCCUACUGAACCCGUAACCACAGCCAAAGCAUCAAUGUCAAACACCCACAACUUCCCUACCAACGGCCAAUCUCUUAGUUCCAGCCCAAGAGAAGGCUUGCUGGAUGUGGAUCAAACAAUCACACACUUCCUCUAUGGAUAUGGUGUGUGUAUUUGGCCGGGCUGUGAGACUGUUUGUGAAAACGUCAGCCAGUUUAUCAAGCACCUAAGUAUUGAGCACAUGCUGGAUAAAAGGAGCACAGCCCAGUGCAGAGUCCAGAUGCAGGUGGUGCAGCAGUUAGACCUCCAGCUCUCUAAAGAACGGGAGCGUCUCCAAGCUAUGAUGGCCCACUUACAACUGCCAACUUUGCAACCACAGUCCCCUUCCAAACCUCUGAGUUCUGGGUCCGGUGUCACCAUGUCUAAGAGCCUGCCACCACUGUCCCCUCAGAUGCCCCCAACGGCCCCUGUCACCUCCCCAUCCUCACCCCGGGGGCCUGCUGGACUCUGCCCCACAAGUGUGGGGGCAAUGCGAAGACACCACUCAGACAAGCACCCCUCUCUCUGCUCUCUGUCUUCAGAAUUGAACCCAAAUCAUGAGAUGUACAGAAAUGCGGAUAUCAGGCCACCUUUUACCUAUGCUACUCUGAUAAGACAGGCUAUAAUGGAUGCAUCGGACAUGCAGUUAACACUUAAUGAGAUAUACAGCUGGUUUACACAGACCUUUGCCUACUUCAGACGCAAUGCUGCAACGUGGAAGAAUGCAGUCCGCCACAACCUGAGCCUGCACAAGUGUUUUGUGCGUGUGGAGAACGUGAAGGGGGCCGUGUGGACAGUGGACGAGAUGGAGUACCAGAGAAGGAGGUCUCAGAAGAUUACAAGAAGCCCAACGCUAGGGAAGAACCUUCUCUCCAGCCUUGCUUAUUGGACUGCUCUUAAUACCAGUUUACAAAAUACCAAUCCAAACUCAUCUCUCAGCAUGUCCAGCCCAUCCAUCCUCUCAGCCAAUCAUGGCUAG